UCCUUAUCGGUUUCGGAGUGGUGCCCAUGUGAAUAUCUGCUCCAUAGAACGCCAGACAAUGGCCAGUGCCAUUAUAAUGCUAUAAAUCCAGUCAUAUCUGCUCCGCGGUUGUGUGUGCUCGUGCGGGCUUUGUGUGUGUGUGUGUAGAGAAAAAGGAGUUAAUUAAUUUAUUUUAUUGGCAAUAACAUGAUUUAGAAAUUAGCACAUUCCGGCCCUGCGCUGCUCUCCGUGGCCCGUACUCUCCGCCACCGCUAACCGCUCUCCGAUCUCCGGUCGUCUAUCCGUAUGGCUAUCUAAGUGCUCCGUUCGCUGGGAGCAGCAAAAAUCACACUUUCCGCUAAUGUAUAAAAUGCCAGCGCGCUUACUGUUGUUCCCAUUAAACUUGCAACAGCUCGGCGCUCAAGUCAAGGCGAUCCGAGGCGUUCGAAAUCCAGUAUACAAAAUACAAAUCGAUACAAAACAGCAAAAGACAUCGAAUAUCACGUAUACGCCGUGAUGGUGCAAACAACUGAAAUGGAGGCGCUGAAGCGCCAGAGUGAGGACGGGGAGACCAAGGAGCGGGAGGAGAACUAUAGGCGGGGCAAGGAGCAGGAGACCACGGAGACGGCGGCCAUCAUAGAGGAGAUUAUCGAGGGCAUCUCGCUGCAGAAUCGUCGCGGCACCAUAGUGCGUACUAUUUCCGCGAUAAUCAGCCAUCGCGAGCAGGAGCAGCGAAAUGCGGAGGAUGUGCUAUUCGACAUGUUCGCCAGCGAGGAGACGGGCCUCAUCUCGAUGGGCAAGUUCCUGGCCGGGCUAAAGACCACCGGAAUUCGCCGGAACGAUCCGCGAGUGCGAGAACUGAUGGACAACUUGAAGAAAGUGCACAAGCUGAAUAACUACGAGACGGGUUCUUCGGCGGAAACUCAGCAUCUCAAUCGGGAGACCUUCAAGGCUGUGGUGGCCCCCAAUAUUGUGCUGAUUGCCAAGGCCUUCCGGCAGCAGUUCGUGAUCCCCGACUUUACGAGUUUCGUCAAGGACAUCGAGGACAUUUACAAUCGCUGCAAGACCAACACUUUGGGCAAGUUGGCCGACUACAUUCCCCAGCUGGCUCGCUAUAAUCCCGAUUCCUGGGGCCUGAGCAUCUGCACCAUUGAUGGUCAGCGCUUCUCCAUCGGCGAUGUGGAUGUGCCCUUCACACUCCAGAGUUGCAGCAAGCCACUGACCUACGCCAUUGCCCUGGAGAAACUGGGUCCCAAGGUCGUGCACUCGUAUGUGGGCCAGGAGCCGAGUGGCAGGAACUUCAACGAACUUGUCCUGGAUCAGAACAAAAAGCCACACAAUCCAAUGAUCAACGCAGGUGCCAUUCUGACCUGCUCCCUGAUGAACGCCCUGGUCAAGCCGGACAUGACCUCCGCUGAGAUCUUCGACUACACCAUGUCCUGGUUCAAGCGGCUGUCCGGCGGGGAGUAUAUCGGCUUUAACAACGCCGUAUUCCUGUCCGAACGCGAGGCUGCCGAUAGGAACUACGCCCUGGGCUUCUACAUGCGGGAGAACAAGUGCUUCCCCAAGCGCACCAAUCUUAAGGAGGUGAUGGACUUCUACUUCCAGUGCUGCUCCAUGGAGACCAAUUGCGAGGCAAUGUCCGUGAUCGCAGCCAGUUUGGCCAAUGGUGGCAUCUGCCCCACCACCGAGGAGAAGGUGUUCCGGCCGGAGGUAAUCCGGGAUGUGCUCUCGAUCAUGCACUCAUGCGGCACAUACGACUACUCCGGACAGUUCGCCUUCAAGGUGGGUCUGCCAGCCAAGUCUGGAGUGAGUGGCGGCAUGAUGCUGGUCAUCCCCAACGUAAUGGGCAUCUUUGCCUGGUCCCCGCCCUUGGAUCACUUGGGUAAUACAGUGAGAGGACUACAGUUUUGUGAGGAGCUGGUCUCCAUGUUCAAUUUCCAUCGCUACGACAACCUGAAGCAUCUGUCCAACAAGAAGGAUCCGCGGAAGCACCGCUACGAGACCAAGGGUCUGUCCAUCGUGAAUCUGCUCUUUUCAGCUGCCAGCGGCGAUGUUACGGCCUUGCGGCGUCAUCGUCUCUCCGGAAUGGAUAUCACCCUGGCCGACUACGAUGGUCGCACUGCCCUCCAUUUGGCUGCCUCCGAGGGACACUUGGAGUGCGUCAAGUUCCUGCUGGAACAGUGUCAUGUACCCCACAACCCCAAGGAUCGCUGGGGAAAUCUGCCCGUGGAUGAGGCAGAGAACUUCGGCCACAGCCACGUGGUGGAGUUCCUCCGCUCCUGGGCGGAGAAGGCCGACCAGUCCAGCGAGGAGUGCAAGCCAGAGGCGGUGACCAGCAAGACACAAGCGGAUGAGGUCAGUUCAAGUUCAAAUUCAAGUUCAAGUCCAGGUUCAAGUCCAUGUGCAAGUUUGUCGACGGAGGACCUUUUGGGGCAAAAUUCAAGGAUUCUAAAUGACUUUCUCAAGCUGAAUUCCAAUUUCACCUUCCAGGAAAUCUGCAGCACAAGCGACCUGGAGACCAGUCCGACAACCAGUCCCAUUCCCACUCCCGUGGAAUCCGGAUCCAGGGCAGGAUCAGGACGUUCCAGCCCGGUGCCAUCGGAUGCGGGCAGCACGGCGAGCGCCGGAAGCAGCAUCGAUGACAAAACCAAGCCGGGACUAUAAGCGUACAGAGAUCCAGGAUCCCAGCAGAAUCUCUCUGACUAAAUUAUUCGCACAACAUUUUAGUUUAUAUAUGAUGUAUUAGAUUAAAGUUAAGAGUACCCGAAAUACCAUCAGUUCACGCUGCUUGGUUAGUCCUAUAUAAUUUGUAGUAGUCAUCCCACGUGCAAGUCGUGGUCCUUCGAGGCGGAUCCACUGCACGAGCGGCAUUUGUACUUGUACUUGGUAGCGCUUAGUUAGCCACAAGAAUUCCAUGUUAUCCUACGAAACAAUGACAAUAAUCCUAACGGAUAUCUAACUUACCCACACAACUGGGGUCUGUGACCCGCCUACAUGUAUUGCAUUCGUACUUGUCAAUUGAUAUUUGUAUGCGUUUGAAUGUGUAUUAAAAAUCCCGUUUAAAAAGAUCAUAUGUAAGUUCGGAUAUAUUUACUUGAUAACGAUUGAAUAUAUACAUAUUUGGGUGAAAACGCACAAAAUA